CGAACAACGUCUGCAUCUCUCUCUUCUUUCAAUGGCCAUUGGGUCUCUGUUUCAGUGCCUCUCUCUAUCUCUCGAACUUCAGCCUCCGCAAUAUUCUGGAUAACCCAAAACCCUAUCUCUCACUCAUUCACGCUUCCGCUUUACUUCUUCUUUUCAUCGAUUACACUUUCCUAUUGUUUUGUUUCAGAAUUCUCACCCAUUCUUCACUGCCGUUUCUUGCACUUUUCCAUGUUUUUGCGGCGAUAGGAGCUUCGUUUGAGAAUAUUCAAGGCCUCUCAUUAAAGUUGUAGCUGCACUAUCUAUGUGCUAGUAUGUGUCUUACUGCAACUUGUUCUGAUACUUGAUUAAUGGCGGCCAAUCAACGGAGAAAAAGAUUGAGUUCUGCCAGUGUAGUCGGUUACAGUACGAGGGAUUCAUAUAGAGUUAGAAAAAAGAAUUCUGCAUUGCCGCACAGUGAUGCAAACUUAAGAUCCCAUAUUACUCUGGUAUGGGAUGGGAGUAAAAGAAGAGUUGUUUCUAAAAGGGAACAAGUUGGCCUAAGUUGGAGAAAAUUAAGACCAUUUGUCGAUUCAGUUUCCAAUAAACACAGUAUCUUAGCUGACGCUUUUGAUGUUCCUCGUGAGAUUUUUGAGUUGAAAAAUUUAUCAGAAGUCCUUUCACUUGAGGUUUGGCAGACAUAUCUUUCAGAAAAUGAGAGAAACGAUCUGAGGAGGUUUCUUCCUGAAGAACAAGAAAAUGAAACCGAUGUGAUGGAAGCAUUGUUUUCUGGGGAUAAUUUUCACUUUGGAAAUUCCCUUGUUAAAUGGGAGUCUUCACUUUGCUCUGGUGCACUGCACCCCGAUGCAGUUCUUCAAAAUGAACAGUGUUUAAUGGCAGCUAAAAAAUCGUAUUCCUAUGAGUUACAGAAGUAUCAUAACAAUAUGAUUGAAUAUCUGCAGAAACUGAAGGAUCGAUGUGCAAACUGCAAAGAUCCAGAGAAGGAAAUCAUACAUCCAACAUGGAGGUCAAGAAAUGCAGAAAGGAGAGUCUCCACCCAAGUGAAUGAGUCCAGAUUUGACUAUCACAAGGAUAAUGCGAUAGCUACACCAGAGUCUGGUUCAUGGGCUGCAGAGGAGAAAGUAUGUAGCAGUGAUAACCAGACUUCAUUCAUGAAGGGAUGUGCACUAUUCUGGUCUAAAAACAGGUUGUGCAGUCGAGAAUACAAGCAAAAAAGAUGCAGAACUUCAUCAACUCCUAUAGAUGACAUGCUUAAUGUGGAAACUAGACCUGAGGUCAAGCUACAAAAGCGCAACAUCCAGUGUAGUGAUGGUUCCAAAUAUAUGUCAUAUUUCAAGAUUAGCAAGAAACAGCUUGACCUCGUGAAGAACAUGAAGCAAUCUGGAUCGCUUGACCAAGUUUUAGGUGACAUGAAAGCUUUUAAUGUACAACCAUAUGAAGUAUUUGUAGAGGAAGAACGAAAGAAGUUGCAUGAGCACUGGGUGCAAUUAUCAAAAGUUCAUCUCCCAGUUGCAUAUGCAAAUUGGAGGGAGACUCGUUUACAGAGACGGAAAGUAACCAAGGCCUUGGAGAAAGAUCUGAAAGACAGGCAAAAAUUGCUGAUGGAUGUGGACACUGAAAGCCAUGAUAGCAUGCUUCGAGACCAAAUGGAUACUGAAGGAACAGAUCAAAUGGAUAGGGAAGAAACAGGGAAUGAAUCUAUUGAAAAAUCAAUUUCUGGUUCCCAAAGUAGUCAAUCCUCAAAGCAGGUCAAUGGUGGGCUGGAGACCUACAGCAAUUCUGAUUCCGAAAACCACGACACCCCAAAUUCUGGUGAUGCUCAUCUUGAAGAAUCUGGAAUAUCAAGAAACAGGAAUGCUAUAGAAUGCUCAGCCAGUCAGGGAGAGGAGGCCCUACAUUCUAUUGGUGAUGUUCGCCCCGAACCAAGCAUGCCAAAGAAUUACCACAGCUCUGCUACCAGCCAUGAUUAUGCAACAUCUAUUAGUGUUUUGUCUCUUGCAAAUUCUCAUGCUGAUGAAGAGCGAAAAACAAUCGUUUUCAAUGUUGAACCUGACAUGCCUGCCAGAGGUAUUGCUAAAAGUUUGUUGCCAAGACAAUCAGAUGACGGCUCUUCUGUGAAAUCUGGCUUACAUAGUCUGGAUGUUGGGAAAAUUUUGUUGGCCAGACAAUCGGAUAAUGACACUUUUGUGGAACGUGAUUCGCAUGGCCGAGAUAUUGGAAAUAUUUUGUUACAUAGCCAAUCAGACGAUAGCACCUUUUGUUCUUAUGGAAACCAAGGUAAAGAUAUUGGAAAACAUAUGUUACAUAGACAUUCUGACAAUGACACCCUUAGUUAUGAAAAUCAAGGUAAGGAUGAGUUACUUCAUUCCGUGUUUAACGGACAGGCAGCUCCUCUGUCCUUCCAUAGUGAGGAGAGGCACUCGGGUUUAGAUUUCCAGCCAUCGAACCAUGACUUGAUAGAAGAGAAUCGAUAUUCUAGACAUUUCCAGGAGCAACCAGAUUUAUCCGUGCCUUUGCAGCAAGGAAGAAAGGAAGACAAGCAAGUUUACAUGCAACAUGGUGUUCCUGAAAACAUGUAUCCUGAAGGCAACAGGUAUAUAAUCCCAACACAGCAACAGUUACCCUCGUCUGUAAUGCAGGACUGGACGGUGAACUCGGUUCCCAUGUCUGCUCAUAUCCAUUCUCAUACUAUGAAUGCUGGAAGUUUAUUAGGCGAUAAUUGGUUUCCGGGAGAGCAUCAAGUCCGUGGAGGGUUUACAGGGUCAGAUGGCGUCAUAGUCCCAAAUCAGAAUAUUGGCAGUGGAAACAGCAGCACAGAUCAAAUCUUAUUCAGUGUUCUAUCUCAAGGUAGUCAAUUCUGUUCCCCUUUUCAUUCAAUGGGCUCGAACGGGCAAUUCAUUUCCCCAAGGAACCAUGGAAUGUUGCACGAAGGAAAUCCCAUGAUCGGUAACGUUCUACCAAAAGUAUCAAACUCACUCGACUACUUGGGAGGGCAUGAAAUACCAUCCCAGGGUAUAAGCUUGGCAGGCAUGAGGCAUCAGAAAUCCAAUUUGACUGAUCCAAUGGAGAAACCAUACUUGAGAUCAUGGAAUCAAUGAGGAGAAAUCUGUGGCCAUUUAGUUUCCCUAUAAGGGACGAAAAAGAAAACAUUGUGGAUGUUUCAACGAGAGCUGGUUUUGUGUAAUACAAGAUGGUAGACUGUUAUAUAUAAUACCCAAUUCAUACAAGAAGAGAAGCAACCCAACACCAUGUACAUAUUUAGAUGUUAGAUGAGCAGCUGGAAGGAAGAAGAAAUUUUGAAGUGACGGAAAGAUCCAGGUCAAAAUGAUUGUUCCUGGUAAGGUAAAUUUUUGUAGCUUGUUCAUUUAUUCUUAGUUCUUCUCUCUGUUCUGUUGCUUAGAAAGGUGAUUUCAAUAAUUUUUGAGGCUACAAAGCCAUUUAUGAGGCCAAUGCUUAAAAGGGAUGAUUCUCCUGAUUGUUUGCUUUUUAUCUAUGGUUUAUUAAGUUGUUGAUUAUUUUUCUGAGGACA